CUAAUAUCAGCUCCUCUGCCGCUUGGAUUUAUCCACAUCGUUGUUAAAAGUAGGUUUCCAGGUUGCAGAGCUGAUUCAUUAGCUGGGAUCCUUUAGUGAAUGCCGGAUUACUUUUCCAGUUGAAUAUUAGUCAUGCCAGUGGAAUGGAGAAAUUGAGUAAUCAAGAACUUGAGAAUUUAGCUUCUUCAACCCAUGAUCAGGACAAAGGCAGUGUGAAACAGGGUAGCCACCGCAUUAACAUGUUUCCUUUGUGCAGAAAUCAUGGAGGGAGUAAACGAAAUCAAGGCUACUAUAGUACACAAGAACAGUCUGGGAGCAGUACUAACAACCUGAGCAAUAGUCCACAAGUCCAAGCCCCAGAGAAAGUGACUCUUGUUGUAGAUGGAACAAGAUUUGUUGUAAACCCACAAAUUUUCAUAGCCCAUCCUGAUACAAUGCUGGGAAGAAUGUUUGGACCAGGACGAGAAUAUAACUUCACUCGUCCAAAUGAGAAGGGUGAAUAUGAAAUUGCAGAAGGCAUCAGUGCUGCUGUUUUUCGGAUUGUGCUGGAUUAUUACAAAACUGGAAUCAUUCACUGUCCCGAUGGAAUUUCUAUUCCUGAUCUCAGAGAUACUUGUGACUAUCUUUGCAUCAAUUUUGAUUUCAACACAAUCAGAUGUCAAGAUUUAAGUGCAUUAUUGCAUGAACUGUCCAAUGAUGGGGCUCAUAAGCAGUUUGAUAGCUAUCUGGAAGAGUUAAUCCUGCCAAUAAUGGUUAGUAGUGCUAAAAAAGGAGAGCGUGAAUGUCAUAUUGUCUUAUUAACGGAUGAAGACAUAGUGGACUGGGAUGAAGACUAUCCACCCCCAAUGGGGGAAGAAUAUUCACAAAUUCUAUAUAGUUCUAAGCUCUACAGAUUCUUCAAGUAUAUUGAGAAUCGGGAUGUUGCAAAAACUGUUUUGAAAGAACGUGGCCUCAAAAAUAUAAGAAUUGGCAUUGAAGGUUAUCCCACUUGUAAAGAGAAAGUGAAAAAGAGGCCUGGAGGACGCUCUGAAGUUAUCUAUAACUAUGUUCAACGUCCAUUCAUCCAGAUGUCUUGGGAAAAGGAAGAAGGAAAAAGUCGGCAUGUUGAUUUCCAGUGUGUCAGAAGCAAAUCUCUAACAAACCUUGUAAUGGCGGGUGAAGACAUAGCAGAAGAUCAAGAGAUUGUGUUGCAUCACCCUCCCCAGGUAGACGAGCUUGAUCGAUUAAAUGCACCAUCCUCUCAGAUGGAUGCUAAUGAAGUGGCAGAUUAACUAAGCAGCACAAAUGGCUCUUAAAUGGACUUGAUUUGGCUUUUGGAUGGGGACUUAACGCCCACCUCAGAGCAGAAAUUUCUUGCCAUGGUUGCUAUAGUUUCUAAAUAUAGUCUCUUCAAGCCCAGGGGACUAUUUUUAUCAAAUUUGCUUCUUGGGGGGGGGGCAAGCAUUCUCUUAGGAGAACUGGAAAUCUGAGGAUUGAGUUAACAUGCCUGUGGCGAAAUAAUUGAAUUGGAACUAAAACAAUGGAAACAUAUUUUCAACUCACUUGAAUUGAAACGAUUGAUUGAUUAUGUGACCUCAAGUUGUUUUUUUUAUUCCUACCACU